AUGGUCGUACGUGGAGUGUUCUGGCGUGUGGCGUUGGUGGCGACCAUAUGUCUUCCGCUCGUGGCCAGCGAGAGCCCCUUGCGGCUUCCCUUUGUGCUGGAUGCACAACUUCAUCCGCACAGUGAUUACGUGGCCAACCGAUCGGAGGCACUGCGCUUCCGGACACGCGUCGAUCAUUAUGACGCCCAGAAUAGGGAUACGUUCGAGUUUGACUACCUCUCGAACGACGAAUUCUAUCGUCCCGGUGGCCCUAUUUUCAUCGUCGUUGGUGGCAACAGCGCCAUCAACGGGUACUUCAUCGAGAACGGACUGUUCCACGACAUCGCUCGCAGCGAGGGUGCCUGGCUGUUUGCGAACGAGCAUCGCUACUACGGUCGUAGCGCACCGGUUGAGAACUACUCCGCGCCAAACAUGCGAUUCCUGAGCGUCGAACAAUCGCUGGUCGAUCUGAUCGAGUGGAUCGAUUACCUGCGACGUGAGGUGGUCCGCGAUCCGAACGCCAGGGUGGUUCUGCAUGGUUUGGGCUACGGUGGUGCCGUCGCAAUCUGGGCACGCCAGCGGUUCCCGCAGCUCAUCGAUGGUGCCUGGGGAUCGGUGGCGUCCGUGAUCGCACGGGUCAACUUUAACGAGUACGGCGAGGACAUGGGUAACACGAUACGGCGCCUUGGUAGUGACGCGUGCUUCGGGAUCCUUUGGCGUGGGUUCCGUACCGCCGAAAACCUUAUCGAUGCGGGACGAUAUGGGCGAAUUUCGGAGCUGUUUCGCACCUGCGAACCGCUCGUAGCCGACGACCCACUGACGAUCGAGACCUUCUUCUAUGGGCUGAAAAGUUCGAUCGAGGAGGAGAUGUACGGUCAAGCAAAUCCACAGUCAGUGGUCCGGAUGUGCCAGGAGCUGGAGGCCGAUACGGCCGGUACUGAUUUGGAGGUGCUGGCGAACUUCUACGAGCGUCGGUAUGCCGCGUUCGAGUGUGUGCCGUUCGAUUUCGAGAGCAAUAUCGCAAGCGCCAUGUACGAGGCAGUUGGUGUAACGACGAAUGCCGUGCUGGGCAUUAGGCAGCGGCUGUACCAGCUGUGCACGGAGUUUGGUUGGUUUUUGACCUCCGCCACCGGUGAUAGUCCAUUCGGGACGCGCAUCACCUAUCGCUAUUUUAUCGACACUUGUCGUGCGGUGUUUGGCGAUUGGAUUGAUCAGCAGGUCGUGUACGAUGGUGUCCGUCUGACGAAUCUACACUUUGGAGCGGACGAUCCGCGCGUUACCAAUGUGCUGUAUGUGAAUGCGGAGCUAGACCCGACGCGUCUCGUAUCGAUUACCGACUACGUUAAUGUGCAGUCCAACGCAUUCGUCAUCCCGGGAGAAGUGGUUGCGCUUGAUUGGCUGGCACCGAGUCCGGCCGAUUCGGAGGAUAUGGGGCGCAUUAAGAGGGAGAUCGAGUUGUACGUCCGUGGGUGGUCUAGAGGAGGUUUAACUGAUUGA